AUGUCACCACACGCUCUAUCCGUCUCGGACGAUACCUCUGAAACUCCAUCGUACCUGGAGAACGAGACUCUCCCAAGCUCACUCGGUGAUGACUUGCCUGCUGUCGUUGGCGAGUCCAACUUGCAGCGUUCCGACGACGACGAUGUCCAAGACCUCGUCUGUGUUGGUUUUGGACCUGCAGCUCUCGCCAUCGCCGUUGCUCUUCACGAUUCUCUCGAAUUGAAAGGCACAAGACUUUCCACCCGCACUCCGAGAGUCCGAUUCCUGGAGCAACAACCCAAGUUCGCAUGGCAUGCUGGUAUGCUCCUGCCCGGAGCCAAGAUGCAAAUCACCUUCAUGAAGGACAUGGCAACACUCCGCAACCCCCGCAGCGAGUUCACCUUUGUCAACUACUUGCACGAGAAGGGUAGACUCGUGUCCUUCACGAAUCUGGGCACCUUCCUGCCACAGCGUAUCGAAUACGAGGACUACAUGCGGUGGUGUGCCGAGCACUUUGCCAACGUUGUCGACUACAGCCAAACGGUGCAAAGUGUGAAGGCAGGCGAGGUCAACCAGAACGGAGCCGCAAAAUACUUCCAGGUCACCUCCCUCAACAAGACUACCGGCGAAUCUCAGACCCUCAAAGCGAAGCAGGUUGUUAUUGCUGCUGGUGGCAAACCGAACAUUCCCAAGGCAUUCCCGUAUCCUCACUCCCGAAUCAUCCACUCUUCGCAAUAUGCCACUCAUGUUCACGACAUCUUCCCCGAUGGCAAGGGACCACGAACAGUUGCCGUCAUUGGCGGCGGCCAGAGUGCAGCAGAAGUCUGGCACAACAUCCCAAGCCGCUUCCCGGGAGCACAGUCGCUUUUGAUGAUCAGAGGGUCUUCCUUGAGACCAAGUGAUGACUCUCCAUUCGUCAACGAAGUCUUCAAUCCCGAUCGAGUCGACGACAUCUAUGCUCAGAGUCCUGAAGUUAGGAAGGCGACGAUUGCACUUGACAAGGCCACCAACUACGGCGUCGUCCGCAUCGAGCUACUCGAGGAAAUCUACAACGAGAUGUACGCCUACCAGCUGAAAUACCGCUCCGAAACCGAGUGGCCUCACCGCAUCCUGAACCACAGAGAGGUUACUGGCGUCCGCGACGUCGAACUCGAUGGAAGGCCUGCCGUUGAGCUCGAAAUCAAGAACAACUCCGGUUCAUAUGUCUCUGCCAAAACCAACAACACGGAGAAGAUCACCGUCGACUUAGUCGUCGUUGCGAGCGGGUACAUCCGCAACUCCCACGAGGAGAUGCUCCACGAUCUACGAGACCGUAUGCCUGGCGGCGACAGCAAGGACAAGCCUUGGUCAGUCGGCCGCGACUACGCCGUCGACUUUGAGGAGGGCGCCGUGGCACCUGAUGCAGGUAUUUUCCUUCAAGGCUGCAACGAGAAGACUCACGGUCUGUCGGAUACGCUGCUCAGCAUCCUCGCCGUGCGUGGAGGAGAAAUGGUCGACCGCAUCUUUGGCAUGUCGGCGGAGGCGCAGAAAAAGUCUGUUCAGAGCUCGUUUGAGCAGAAGCGAUGA